CUUCUCAAGUACGCAAGUACAUACUUGCGUACUUGAGUAUUGAGAAAGGGCCGAUAUUUGUUACGCGACUUUCUUGAAGGCGGAACUACGGACAGACAGUGCUGGCUCCCACCCGGAGUCAUUACGGUGCAACGCAGUAGGACUUUCGGACGCAGCUGAAAGAUGUGGCUGCAGGCUGUGUUGUUGCCUUGUGUCAGACUAUAUUUGUGCGGCGUAAAAGUUCUUCUCUAUCAGCUGUUCAACAGAGCUUUUGCUUUACCAGCUUUACUCAAGCAAAAUGGAAAGGUUGCCAUUGUAACAGGUGGAUCCAGAGGAAUGGGUUUUGAGACAGCAAAACACCUGGCAAGCCUUGGCAUGCAUGUUGUCAUAGCUGGGAACGAGAGUGAAGAGGGUUCUGCAGCUGCCAGGAAGAUUAAUGAACAAGGCAAUGAGGGAAAAGCUGAAUAUGUCUUUCUGGACCUGACUUCAUUGAAAUCAGUGCGGCAGUUUGUUCAUGCAUUCCAAGACAGAGGUCUAUCCCUCCAUGUUCUGGUUAACAAUGCUGGGACCAUGCUGGUUUCUGAGAAACAGACAGAGGAUGGCUUUGAACUCCACUUUGGUCUCAACUAUCUGGGCCAUUUCCUGCUAACCAACAUGCUGCUCGACCUGCUGAAGAGGUCAGGAAAACAUGGCUGCUGCUCUAGAAUCGUCAAUAUGUCCUCUGCAACACACUUUUCUGGAGUACUGGACAUAAGUGACUUAAACAGGAGGAUCUGCUACAGUUCCCAUGGUGCCUACUCUCAAAGCAAGUUGGCUCUGGUCCUCUUCACCUACUACCUGCAAGAGUGCAUGACAGCAGGCGGUUUUUCAGUUACAGUCAACGCUGUGGAUCCUGGUAUGGUAGAUACAGCUUUGUAUGACAACCUGUGGAGCCUCGCACAGGUGCUGAAGAGACCAGUGGCCAAGAUGUUGUUCAGGACGCCAGCAGAAGGAGCAUCCACGGCCAUAUACACUGCACUUGCUUCUGAGAUGGAGGGGGUGGGGGGCUGUUACCUAUAUAAUGGCCAGAAAAUACAGUCCUCUGAUAUUUCAUAUGACUCUGAGCUACAAGUAGAGCUAUGGAAGAAGAGCUGUGAGCUUGUGGGCCUUCAAGACGCCUGAUUCAUUCUGCUGUGACCCCCAAACAAAGGGUUGUUCCAUUUACUUCAGUCAUCUGAGAGGAAAUGAUUGUAAUCUGUUCAAAAUUAAAUGUUCAGUUUUAGACAGUCCACAUCUGCUUCAACAAUUGUUUUAUAUAUAUAUGUAUAUGUAUAUAUAUGUAUAUGUGUAUAUAUAUAUAGAUAUAUGUAUGUGUAUAUACAUACAUAUAUAUAUAUGUAUAUGCUGCUCUCUCUUACGCACUCACUCACUCUCUUACUAGCCAUCUCUAUCUUUUGCCCUAUCCCCAUCUCCAACAACACACCUAACUGCCCCAUGUUUCAUAUUCAAUGUUCAUAUUUCAAUGUUCAUCAUUCAAUGUUCGUCUUUGUAAAAUAAGUUUUUUCUGUUUCAAACUAUUCUUGUAUUUUUAAUUUUUUAUCUUAGAACAAAGAGGAAAAACAGAAAAACUAACAAUGCAACAAAAUCAAUGUUUCUGCCAAUCAUUGACCCAUCUCAGGGCCUUGUAAUAAUAAUAAUAAUGAUAAUCAAAUAUUCAUUGAAAUGUAUUUUAUGGGAAUGAUUGUAGU